CGUUAUCUCAAUUCAGACUUUAAGAGAUUGCGCAGAUACGCCUAUACCGAUAUACCAGAACCCAACUUUGACGAAUAUCGACGAAAAUCUUUGAAGGAUGCCGAAACAUCAUCUAAGAGAAGCGCCGAUGAGCGAAGGGCGCAGAGAAGCAUCGUCUCUUUUGUUGGUUGCGUUGCCGGAUUGUACAGCUUUAAAGCUCAUUUACUGCAUUAUGUACUCUUCAUGUCGCCCUCGCGAGAUGUCUUGGCGGAGGCUCAAUUGGAGGUAAAAUUGAACGGUAUACCGGAGGGGAAAGUGUUAAUCGUGAAAUGGCGCGGCAAACCUGUUUUUAUCUAUCAUCGACCGCAGUCGAUCAUCGAGCAGGAGAGAGCUGUGAACGUGUCAGAGCUGCGCGACCCGGAAACGGACGACGACAGAGCGAAGAGGUCGGAAUGGCUAGUUGUGCUGGGCGUUUGUACGCAUUUGGGAUGUAUACCGAUUCCAAACGCCGGUAUCAUACGAGGCGGUUUCUUUUGCCCGUGUCACGGCUCGCACUUCGACGCUGCCGGACGCAUACGGAAAGGUCCUGCAUCGACCAAUCUGGAGAUACCCGAGUACACAUUCGUAAACGACGACAGUAUUGUUAUCGGGUGAUGAUGCGUCCCUUUCGGAUCGCAAGAUGUUGAAGCGUGUUAAAUGACGAGAUCGAGAAGAAUGUAGUUUUACACGUUGCGGAAUUAGUUUUUAUACUUCCGUUGGAAUUUCGUGAUGGUAUAAUUAUAAAUGUAUAAUGAAACAUCCAACGAAGUGUUAAGAUUAAAAGAAUGUCUUGGCUUUCGAAUAACGUCAUAGUCCAUUAUAGAUAAUUUAUAUAAGAAUCCUGUAACUUCAAAAGACUGCUUUCUAAAAGAACAACUAGCUUUUCCCUCAUUCUACGGGAGAUACGGUUUAUCUUUUCGAUUGGCGGAUUAUUAUAUCAUUUUUUUUUACGCGGCAUGCGUCCAGUAUACUAGAGGCGGGUUACUCUUCGAUAUCGCAAAAAUUUUCUAACAUCUAAAGCGAGAGUCUGAUAUUCAUAAUUUUAACUAAUAUUAACAUACUGCAAAAUAUGUCUUGAGAAAAAUAUUUCCCGACGUCUUUUCAGAAAGUCUUAAAGUUGUCAUAUGAUAAAGAUUCAAAGAUAUGUUUCAAGUAGACUAGUAAGCAAAUAGCUUUUAUGUGUUAUUAGUUCAAUAGAUUUAAUACAUAAAAAAUUUGUCAUUUUUCUUACUGUUGUAAAUGUAAAUACUACUAACAUAAUCUAAGUAACUUUAAUGGUAUAUUCCUUUACCAUUUCUGUUGUAAGUUUAAGCUGAAAGAUCGGAAAAUAUAUUUAACCGAAUUACUUUUUAUCAGUUUCUCCGCUAAUUUUGCUAAGCUUUAUUUUUUAAUUUAUUACCAUAAUGGUUUAACGUGUAUCUUAAUCUAAAGAUUUCUGUGAGUAUUGUUUGUCCCCUACGAGAAAAACAAAUUAUUAGAAGUUCUACGGCACAAUUGUUAUGAAAAUUCAAACUAUAUUAGUGUUUACGUUUUAACAAGGAUUUACAUGUUUAGCUUCCCCUACAUGUCAACUUUGUCCAAACUGUCCCGAACAUCUUCCACAGUUUAGUCGGGGUAUCAUAUUUAGUAGCACACAUUCUACUGUACUGUGCAUAAUAGAAAUAUAAUCGAAUAUGGAUACGGAUAUUGAUUUUUUUUUAACAAAGCUGUUUUUUUUAUCCAAUUAGCGAGUUUGAGGCAUAUUGCCGACAGUGUAAUGGAGUGAUCGUUAUUGAUGAACUAAUAAUGUGUUUGCAUCUAGUUCUGUAUCAUAACAUAUAUCUUUGAUGUUUAAUCCGUUAGAGAAUAUCAGAUUAAGAAAGACGAAACUAUGUCGGUGUGUUUGUCGUAGUAAUAUUUUAUACAUUUCCGAAUAUAUAUUUCCGAAAUGCAAA